GAAUCUGCUCCUGUUAAAUUAAGCAGCUCUAAGAUUAAAGCAUCUUUAAAAGAUAUCUCUUCAUUUAAAGAGCAUAAUGAAUCCAUUGUUUCUUUUAAAGUAAAGAAAAGAAGAUCGUCAUGCCGUGAUGAACAAUCUAAUGAUUCUUCGUCCUCAUCUCCUAAAAUAAAGAAAAUAUUGACCUCUAAAUGUAACCCAGCAAAACAAAACCAAAUGAUAAAGAAUUCCAGUAUAUCACAUGAAAACUCCAGGAAAAAUUUAGACAAAGAUAAAAUAAAUAAAAAAGAUCUUAGUAUUGAAAGCAGUGGAGAUAGUGUUAUUUCAAAAGAAUCUUUUGUUUCCUUUGAAGUAAAGAAAAAGCGAUCGUCGUGUCGUGAUGAAGAAUCUAAUGAUUCCUUGUCCUCAUCUCCGAAAAUAAAGAAAAUAUUGAUCUCUAAAUGUAAACCAGCGAAACUAAACCAAAUGAUAAAGAACUCCAGUAUAUCACAUGAAAACUCUAUGAAAAGUAUAAACGAAGAUAAAAUGAAUAAAAAAGAUGUGAUACUAAAUCCAAAUUAUAAGUAUUGUCCUACAUGUGGCUGUGCAGCUAAAGGUCAUUUAGCUUUAGUCAUGAAAAUCUAA